CAGACGGGACUGUGAUAUGCUCUCUUGGGAAUAGACUCGGAUCAUUCUCGGUUGUGGAUCUUAAAGUGACCCGGUCAGAGACGUGUCAGACGUCUGCUACAUUGGAAACAAUAACAAAGCCGAUUAACUAGAAGGUUAGCUCGGACAUAAACGUUUUGGUAUAAAAACUCGUUCCGUUUAUUAGAGUCUGGAGUGAGCCAGGAAGAUCUUGCACCAUCGAGGCGUCCCUCUAGGGAGGGGAAGCUAUCUUAUAUGCACUUGCCUUCCAUUGAAGGACUUCAGUGUACCUCAUUAUUUUAGCAAAUACAAAUAAAGACCCUGCAGAUUUGCUACAUAGUGUCACUCAUGUUUGGGACCACUGGAGAUAGUCCGAUCGUGACCCAUCACGAGGGAGGAAUGAACACGUUCAGGACGUUUUGGUGGGCAUAAAACAACAAAUGGCACAAAUACGACCAGUGGUGAAAUAGGCACCAAGCUUCGUUGGAAUUCGGGAACUGUCUUCGAAUGGUCCGAGCAAUAUGUCAAAAUCUCCGGGUCUAGACAGUUUGCAACAGCAUAGACAGGUAACUACAUGUAGUACCGAUAUCUCUUCUGAAAGAUGUACGAUCAGAAAGGAUAUCAUUGCAGAUGACUUGAAUUCCUGCAGGGAGGAGGAGUGCCAGUCGGCCUCUUGGUCAUCAGCAAAUAGAUCAGACAACAAGAGAUUUGUGGCUGAAUGUGUGGCAAGAGCAGGGUUAUCCACGGCUAAACGGAAGCAGCGGCGGUACAGGACCACAUUUAAUGCCGAUCAGUUGGAGGAAUUAGAACGAGCCUUCUGCAAAACCCACUACCCAGAUGUCUUCACCAGGGAGGAUUUGGCGAUGCGCGUCGAUCUCACGGAGGCACGUGUGCAGGUUUGGUUUCAGAACAGAAGAGCCAAAUGGCGAAAGCUAGAGAAGCAAAGUGUACGUCAGUCUUCACUCACCUGCGGUUAUUUGGCACCUGUCGCCCCAUCAGCUGCCCCGCAUCUAUUCCUUCAUCCAGGUCUAAAUCACCCUAGCUACGCCUUUCAACCAUCAUCUGACAGUGCCGGCAUUCCAGCAGCUUUACUUGCUGGUUUUAUUCCUAAACCAGCGUACUAUCCGCUUCAUUCUGGCCUCGCAUCCAGCAGUGCAGCUAUGCAUCCGUUAGGCUUUCAACCCCCUCGCUUAUCCAUGUGGUGCCCGACUGUUUCGAUGUUACCGAGGAUGAAGUCCGAAGAGAGACUAGAACCACCUGCAAGCUUCCGAAGCCAUGUGACUCCAAAACAAUCAGUAGAGGUACCGACCGACAGACACUCUUUCAGUAUUGCUUCUCUACGUUUAAAAGCGCACCAUCACCAAGCAAGUGGAAAAGGGCGGGACAGUAUUUUGUGUGAUUCAGUCUGCUGAUGGGUCGACUCAUGCAUGUUCCGUUUAAGAAGUGACCAUUUUGAUGCACACAGUUGGUUACCAGAACAAAACUUUAUAAACCCAAAUCAUAAUAAAUCAGUGUGCAAAAUAAUAUCCAUUAGAUUUAUUUAUGUCGGGUGGUGCGUGGGUUAGAGA